GGUUCAGCAGAUUCAAACUAUAGCCAGCCAUCGUCAGACAUUUCACUGGACGAGGAGAAGGAAGCACUGAGGCGGGAGACUGAGAGGCAGGCCUUGGCACAGUUAGAGAAAGCGAAGACAAAACCGGUGGCAUUUGCUGUGAGGACAAAUGUGUCCUAUGAUGGGUCGGCAGAUGACGAUUCUCCAGUUCAUGGAUAUGCUAUAUCAUUUUGUGUCAGAGAUUAUUUGCACAUAAAAGAAAAAUUCAACAAUGACUGGUGGAUUGGCCGGCUGGUAAAGGAAGGCUGUGAUGUUAGAUUUAUUCCCAGCCCUGCCAAGUUGGAGAAUCUCAGAUCGGUGUCUGGAGGUGGCCGGCAAGCAAAACUUUACACAAGCAAAACUAAUUCAUCUUCCAAUAUUGACAACCUUUUGAAUUCCUCGAAACCUUCCAACUCCAGAGGGUCCACGCCACCUACACCAGGUGUAGAUGAGACCCAGAAUGGAGUGGACAGCAAUGUUGGGGAAGACAGUGACAGUCUAGGAAAUUCAAAGUCCAGCAAAACCAGUAUAACACCCCCAACCAAGGAGAAGCGGAAACCUUUUUUCAAAAAGUCUGAAAGCGCCCCUCCUUAUGAAGUUGUGCCUUCUAUGCGUCCAGUAGUUCUAAUAGGUCCUUCCCUCAAGGGGUAUGAGGUUACUGAUAUGAUGCAGAAGGCGUUGUUUGACUUCCUCAAGCACAGGUUUGAAGGCCGAAUAAUCAUCACAAGAGUUACUGCUGACAUCUCUUUGGCCAAGCGAUCCUUGCUCAACAACCCCAGUAAAAGAGCAAUCAUGGAGAGGACAAAUCCUCGAGCCUCCGGCUUAGCCGAGGUGCAGGCGGAAAUAGAGAGGAUAUUUGAGCUGGCCAGGGCCCUGCAGUUGGUUGUGUUGGACUGUGAUACAAUUAACCACCCGUCCCAGCUGGCAAAAACCUCGCUGGCUCCAAUUGUGGCCUACGUAAAGAUCUCUUCACCAAAGGUUUUACAGAGACUGAUAAAAUCCAGGGGGAAGUCACAGUCUCGAAAUAUGAACGUCCAGCUGGUGGCGGCUGACAAACUGGCACAGUGUGCUCCGGAAAUGUUUGAUGUGAUACUUGAUGAGAACCAGCUGGAUGAUGCCUGCGAGCAUCUCGCCGAGUUCCUGGAAGCCUACUGGAGGGCCACACACCCACCUGGCAUGACCCCGCCCUCUCCCCAGAGCCCCAACAGGGGUCCCUCAGGGUCAGCUUUGUCCCGCCACAACACAGUCUCGGGGAGUCAUAUGACACAAAG